GAAGACUGCAAGAUUAAAAAUGAAUAAUGAGGAAUUAGAAAAACAGUAUAGCCCAUCAAAAUGGACACAUAGAUGUUCACCAGAUGAAGUUGUUAAACAACAUAUAAUGAUCGUUGCUGAAGAAAGUGAGAAAGCGAAGUCAGAAAUAGAGUGUCAGAUAGAUAGAAUCUAUGGUGAUACAGAAAGACAGAAAUUAGAUAUCUUUGGUGCUGACACACUUCCUGGGGAUGCUCCUAUAUUUUUAUAUAUACAUGGUGGAUAUUGGCAGAUGAUGGAUCGAGAAAUUUCAAGUUUUAUGGUACGUCCAAUCUGUAAGGCGGGAGCUGUAGUAGUUGUUAUUGGAUAUGACCUAGCACCAAAAGUGUCCAUUUCAGAAAUAGUCAACCAGUGUAAAAAAGCUUUGUCAUAUGUAUUUAACUUAGCUUCACAUAGAGGGUCCAGUGGAGUUUACAUUGGUGGACAUUCUGCCGGAGGGCAUUUAGCAGCUAUGAUGCUAUCUGUUGAUUGGAUGUCUGAGAGUAUGCAGUCUAAUUCAAUGAUAAAAGGUGCAUUAUUAGUGAGUGGUAUAUAUGACCUUCAACCUUUAGUAAAUACAUCUGUAAAUAAUCCUCUCAAAAUGACACAGGAAACAGCUUGGGAAAACAGCCCAUUGAAACAUUUAGACGCAAUAAAGAAAACAAGUUCUCAUAGGCACAUUAUUGUAGCUGUGGGGCAGCAUGACUCACCAGAGUUCAGACGUCAAAGUCAAGAAUUCCAACAGAAAUUAAAAGAUGGUGGUUUAUCAUCCCAAUAUGUUGAUGUUGCUGAUACAGAUCAUUUUAAUGUGGUAGAAAAUCUACAGAAUGAAGAUUAUGAAUUAUUCAAAGAACUGAUAAAGAUGAUGAAGUUGAAUAUUAAUGAUGUAGUUGAUGAUAUGGCCAAGACAUCAUGUAACUGAAACAUUUAUAGACACAGUAUAGAUAUUAUCAGGAUAUGAACAUUCAAUGGUUGUUAUAAGUACCUUAUGUAUUGUUAAUUCUUUCACUGUAAUUAGUACACAUUUUUGUACAUUUAGAAUUGAGAAUGGAAACAGGUAAUGUGAUUCAUAUACUUUUGUGUUCAAAACAAAAGCAUAUUAUUUUGUAUAAAAGUGCUACAUAUUUGGUACUGUAGUCAGAUUUAAUUUUUAUGGCAGUUUUGAAUCAAGAUUUCUGGUGGUUUAUAUACUAUUGUUAUAUUUGAAUUUUUAUAUUACAUAAAGAAUGUUAUGCAUAAUUGUGAUCUUUGAGAUUGUUCAGAAUGAUUAUAAUUCACUUACAGAUGAAGUCUUCCAUUAUAUAUUGUAUUACAUGUAUAGUUUGAAUUAAGAAUUUGUAUGAAAGCUUAAUGUAUGACUGUUAUAGCUGAGAUUGACAGCCAACUGAUUAUGUUAGUUAAAUGUUCAAGUUAUAGAAAAAUAAUUGAUAAUUUGUGUUUACAAUAUUACUUAUGUUAAUUGGACCAAUACCAGAUAUUUAUAAGAUGUGUAUUACAAAAAUAAGACUUAGUAGUCAUAAUUUGGCUAUAACAUGUGGCCAUUACUCUGCAAUUUUUAGAAGAAGAGACUCUGUCUUUUUGUAAUGAUGACAUUGAAGAUGAGAUACAUUUCAUUUUGAAAUGUCCUACAUAUCAAGGUUAUAGAUCUUAUUUCAUUAAAUUUUAUUAUUGGAGAAAGCCUUCAAUGUAUAAAUAUAUACAAUUAAUGAAUUCAAAUGAUUAGAGAGAGCCAUGUUGUUAGGUAAAUUUAUAUUUAAAGCACAGAUCUGACAUAUUCUAAUAUGUUUCACAAUACCUUCUGCUAUUCUAUAUAUACUAUGAGUAUUUUAUAUUGUAUGCCUAUAGUUGAUAUGACUUUGGUUAAUAAAAGUAAAUAUUUUUUAUCAUAAAAAACCCAUCAUGAUCUUCAUUUUCUAACUAUUCACUGUUAUGAGUGUUAAUAACAAAGAAAAACUGAAAACUUGUGGGUAAUUUGUUUAGGCUGAUUACAUCACUGAAUUGAUGAGACCCUAUUCUAGAUGGGAUCUGUUUCUGAUUUUAAAAAAAAUAGUGGAAAACUAUGUAUGAAAUGUUGGUAUUUAUUUAUUCAUAUUUGGUGCAAAGUGGUUAUAAACAACCAGAUGUUAUAUUACAGAAUGCUUCUUUACUUGUUCUUUUUUAUAUAUAUAUAUAUAUAUUGAUUUUUGUUUAUGCCUUGAUAAUCAUGUUUUUUUCUUAUACAUUAAUCAUAGAACAGUAUAUCUAAUAUACAAUUUAUUUUUUAAACCAAUAAUUAUGUAAUUGUUGCCACAGAGUGUUUUUUGUUGUUGUUGGUAUUCAUCAAAUGAUCACAUGUAGAGUAGAUAUCAUUAUCUCCCCCAUUUGAAUUUUAUAUAUAAGUAUGCUCCCAUUUAGAUACUGAACAGAAGGAAAUUUCUCUACCCAAUUAAAUUGAAUUACUGCAGAACUUUUUGGAAGGUAAUUUUCCUUUCAUUUUACUUUAAAUAUGUCUAUAGAAAACAAUGCACAAAAAUGAAGACUAUAGAAAACAAUGCACAAAAAUGAAGUCUAUAAAAAACACUUAUAUGGAAAAUGUUUCUAUGUCCAGUAAAUAUUUUCUUUUCACAAUUUCAAAGUGUUUGCUCUGAUAAUACAUGUAGCUUCAUAUUACACAUCUUUCAUUGAGUAAGAUAUAUUUUAGAAUGCUUAAACAUUCCAUAUAUAUAUUGUUAAAAUAUACUUUUUCACUCAUUUGGUCUUUUGGAAAAUGUUGUUUGUGCUGUUUUUAGACCCCUCUACCAAGAAAUUUGUUUUGCAUGCACAAGUAUAAAAAUUGUGGUUUUUAUCCAACGCAAUCAUAGGUUUGAACGUUGUUUUCAAUUUUUAGACUUGUAUAUACAUAUAUAUAUAUAUAUAAAUAUUCAACCAUUUCCACAUUUAGCUUGUUAAUUGUAUAUUUUACAAGUCUGUAAAACAGCAUUAAAUCUAUAACUUGCAUUUAAUGUGGCUCAUAUAUUAGCCACUGGGCAUGUAUAAAGAAUGAUAAUAUAUAAUGAGAGCUUUUAUACUUAAUAAUUAAUAGAAUACCUAAAAGUUACAAAAAACUGAAUAAAUAUAAAAAUAUA